GUUUAUGAAGCUUUGGUUCAACACAAUCUCACAAUUUCGACGAGCCCACAAAACCAAGCCUUCUACCAGUACCUGACAAAAGACAUUUUCUUCGCUUCAUCCCUCAAUUUGCUUCAUAUUCACCAACCAUGAUGCCCUCAUCGCUUGACCUACCUGAAUCCUUUGCACCAACAGAGUAUGAAGUGAUCAUUGGAAGAGGGCGAAGAAUUGCUGAACAUGCCGGCAACAAGCGCCUUCACAGAAUUGUGGCCACAUUCGUCGAGGAGUACGGUGCUGUUCCAACCAAGCGGCACAAGUCGAGCCUUCUGAGCAAGGUCGUGACUCUUAUCCGCAACGACAGCGAAUACAAAGCUGGGUUUGUCAAGAAAGAUUCCAAAACUGGACGAUGGCGCAUCGUUGAGGACGCUGCAGCUAGGAUCACUGUGGCUCAGUCGUUCCGAGAUCUACUAUCUGAAAGCUAUCGCUCCAGCAAGCACUUCAAGCAGCAGAGGCGUCAAGACCGGAAGGGCUCGUGCAGACAGCAGAAGUCGGCCAGCUUUGAGAGAACCGUAGAGACCUGCUUCUCAAGCUUUCUUCAGACGCGGACGAGUGAUGUGCAAGGUUCAGAAUUGCCAAGCCUGGACAUUCGUUGGAGUGCAGCUGCCUCCCCUUCCAACGUCCCUGAUGGCCUUUCCACAUUGCUAUCUCGCCUCGAAGCUUCUGUCGACUUGACUGUGGACCCAUUUGAGCCCACACCCAUUUCCGAAACCAGAAUCUCUACUACUGGAGACCAUGAUAAUUCCUCCUCCGAGCAGGUCGUCGAUGUGGAUCCAUCAUACUUCAGUGAUCCACUCCCGCGCAACACGACACCGCAAUCCAUUUCAUCCUCGUUGUUUGGGGCAAGCAAGAACCAAGGCAACGACCUGGGCAAGCUGGAACCAAUUGAAUUCGUCCGCUUCCAUGCAUUGUUUGGGAACGAUCUGGCGAUGGCUUAAAAGCUGUGACCUUGCUUCGAUGGCGCAAGGUGACCGCACUGGUGGAUGAUAUACCAAGGUGCAGGCCCUAGCUAGCAAGGGUAGGCCGCAGCAUAGCAAACGUCAGCACUACUACCGGUACAUGGGGAAUCAGCCACAUGAGCCGACUCGACUCCAGCUUUGCGGUUUGCCUGCAGCAACAGGAGAUUCUUGGCUUGUGCACUGCCUCGCCAGCUAGUGCCGGACUUCCAAGCCUGAUUUUCUGGCUGCCUGGGAUCGUUGAAAUUGGUUGCACACUGGGUGGCAGCCACAAAAAUGUCGCCUGCUCAAGGAAAGCAUGAAGCUGAUAAACAGCAGGCAGGAGAUACAUAUGGCCUACUCAUAAUAACAAAUCAACUUAUUAUUGACUACCUAGCUAGCCAGCAAGUUCUUCAACCAGACUCUGUCUCUUACGUGUAU